CGGCCGCGGCGGGCACGGCCCGAACGGUCCCGACAGCUGCCGCGGGGCCCGCCGGGGAGCGGCCGAGCGGGGAUUUGAAGAUGUCUAAAAAGAAGCUGAAGAAACUGUCUGGAAAGGAAGUGUCUUUGGAUGGCCAGGAUGACAAAAACUCUGAAGACACAAGAUCUUACAAGCACACUGCAAAAGGAGAAACAGAUCUUCAGAGGUCCAAACCAGAGAAAGAUGGGCAUGAGAAGAAGCGACACCGAAGUUCUCGUGGUUUUCACGAUCCAGAAGGAAGAUCCCAGGAGAAAUCUCCAAAGAGAAGCAAAACCCCAGAUGAUUCUUCAAUUCAUACUGAAAGGCAGAAGAAAAUAGUGAUCCAGUUUAAAGCCAAAGAAAUCAAACAUGGCAAAACCACCUGCACUCCUGAUGUCGUGACUGCCAGCAAGGAAAGAAGUCGGUUAGAUGGAACAGAAGGAAAAAGGCUCUGGCACAGCUUUGAACUUCAGAGGGACAAGGCACUGAAGAAAAAGAGAGAGAAAGCUGAACUCUGUAAACUCAAGCUAAAAGCAGAACAAGCUAUGAUAGAAAAGUUUAAGUCCUCUGUGUAUGAGGUACCACAUAGAAAGGCAGAGAGCUCAAAAAAGCAGAGUGAAGAUGUCAGAAUUCCCAAAAAGCCACCUGACAGCUCUGCAGGGACUGGGCAUGGUGAUAGACCUGCCAGCAAAGAGCCAAGUGCAUUAUCUAGCUUCUGGGAAGAAGAGGAAGAAGAAGAAUAUAAGGACUUGGCUGAGAAAAAGAGGUACACAAGUAAACACAGAUCAUCACACUCCUCAUCUGAAACUCCACCACGACGGGACUCUCGGAAGCGCAAGAAACACAGCACUGGUUCUCCUGAAGCUCCCGAGCACUCAGGAACUAAAGGAGACUUGGAAGCCACAGCAUUGUGUUUUAAGCAGCAUGUUGAGGACCCCUGCACAUCUGACUCCUACCAGGGAGGUGAGGUCAGGAAGCCUGUGCCUGUCCCAAAGAGCUCUGAAGACUUUCCACCCCUUCAAGAAAGUCAGAACACAGAAACAGACCAAGAGAUGCAGAUAGUUGAAGACUUGCACGUUGCUCGUGUGGAGAAGAAGAUGGCCCUGUCUGUAGUACAGACCUGUGGAGAACUUACAAGCAUGGAGAUAGAUCUUCCAGAACAGGAUUUAAAUACUUCUGCUGGGGCUUUUAGUUCUGGUCUGAACAUCCUAGUGGUGAUUGACACAAAUAUAAUGAUUAGUCACCUCGAGUUUGUGAGAUCCCUGAAAUCUGAGGAUAUACCAGGAGUUGAUAGACUUGCAUUAAUAAUUCCCUGGGUCGUCCUACAAGAGCUGGACAACUUGAAGAAGGGGAAAAUGUUGCAGCAUGUCCGGGACAAAGCCAUCCCUGCAGUGCAGUUCAUCUACAAGUGUCUCAAGAACCAGGAUUCCAAACUGUGGGGGCAAUCCAUGCAGCUGGCUUCUCAAAAAAUGUAUGGGCUGAGUGACGAGAACAACGACGACCGCGUCCUGCAGUGCUGCCUGCAGUACCAGAAGCUCUUCCCACAAGCUCUUGUUGUCCUGUGCACGGAUGAUAAAAAUCUGUGUAAUAAAGCCAUUGUGAGUGAGGUCAAGGCAUUCUGCAAAGCUGAUCUGGUCACUGCUCUGCAGAAUGUGAAUGCAAAUAGGCCUCAGAACUCUGAGGAGCUGCAGCAGCCAAAGCAGGAUACAGAACUUGGGAAGACAAGAGGUGAUGCUGGUUUUACUGCACAGUUCCCAAAUGUGCUUCCAGACCUUGAAAAGAACUUAGGAGAAGCUUUGUCUUGUAUUUUGGAGACUGAAAUGAAACUUGCAUUUGGAAACCUGUGGAUGGAGAUCCUGUAUCUGAAGCCACCAUGGACCUUAGCAAACCUGCUGAAAUGUUAUAAAAAACACUGGAUGGCUGUUUUUGGUUAUGUGGUGCCAAGGAGUUUAUUUUCAACCAUUGAAUGUCUUUCUAAACACCUUUAUGCAGAUAAACCAUUUGACUCCUCAACAGUGCGUGUCCUACUCCAGGAAUCCAAAAAAUUGCUCCAUGCUUUCAGCUGCAGGUCAGACUACAACGGUGUCCUCCCCCAGGCUUAUGCUGAAGUGACAAAACUGUGUGAGACCCUCGGGGGGGUGAGGGCAGACAGUGAGCAGGAUUUAUCAGAAGACAUCAUGGUUCUUUCAGAAAAUGCUGCAUGUGAAAAAAUGGAAGCCACGAUGCCCAAUUUGCAAAGCACUGAGGAAAAAGAGCUACAGCCCAGCUUUCAUGUGGCUCAGGAAAACAGGCACCAGGAAAUCUGGUCGGUCCUGGAAGGUGUUUGGAACACCAUGAACUUGUACAGUAUUGAGCUAUUCCAGAAGCUGGACCCCAGUGCAGUGACCAUGGCUGCCAAGGCCUCGUUUGAGGAGGCUUUUUUGGGCCUGCAGAAGCUGCUGGCAGCAGUGAAGGACAUCCGUGAGGGCAUUGGCAGAAUUUUAACCCCAACCAGCAGUUUCCAAGAUAUUUGGACCCUCUAUAACUUCCUCAGAAGACAUGAGAUCAAUAACAGUCUGAAAUUCACUGCUGAGGAGCUGUAUGAGUGUGUUUCACAGGAGCUCUACAGUGGUUAAUUCUGAGUGGCUCUGCCCAGUGGCUGUGGAUUCAAGUGCAGUGCAGUCCUGCCCAGGCCCCCGUGCCAGGGAGUGGGCUGGAAUUCCUGUUGGAGCACAGUGAGUGUGCAGGGCUGCUCCCAUGGGGGUUCUCCAGCCCUGGGAGGCUCAAAGGUGCUGAUGGGGGCAGCUGCAGCACAGGGUGGCUGAGCUCUGGGAGGUUCUGGGAAGAAGGGCUGGUGUGGCGGAUGAGUCUUGUGUUCCCCACUCUUUCUGGCUCUCUCUGCUCAGCUGGACCAGCUUCACCAGCCUGCAGGGGCCAGUGAAUUUCCUGGGCCUGGUGUUUUCCCAGUCCCAUGGGAAGCUGGAGCAGCCAGCUCCUGCCCCACUGCCCAGGACCUGGCCCAGCAGCAGUGUGGCUCAUCCCUAAAGCUGCCCAGGUGAAGGAGUAGCUCCAGGGGCAGCUCUGCCCCCCUGUUGUGCAUUUAAACGUUUGUGUGGGCCCUGUGGGGCAGCACCCAGCCUGCAGAGGUUUCUGUCCACAGCCCCUGAGCUGGGAAAGCCCUGGCACAGACACUCCCCAGGGCCUGUGGUGCCCUGAGCUCCCUCGAGCAGCAAGCCUGACUCUCCACUACAGGCAUGAGGGACAUGGGACACUCCAGCCCUGUGCCUACACCCAUCUGAAAUGUCACUUUUUGUAUCUCUUUGGACACCGCCUCCUUGAAGAAAAGGACACAGAGCCAGGUCAGGGCACGCCUGUGGUGCAAGGGUUUCCCAAAGGUACCUUUAAUGUGUUUGCAGCAGCAGCAAGCAGUCAGUGCUAGUUUUGGCACCCAGAGUUAGAUGUGCAGCACUACACAUUAGACACCAAGUCAUCCCACCCCAAUGUUUGAUCCAUAGGAACAGAGAAAGUGAACUAAAACAGGACUAUGAGCACAUACAAAAUCAAGUUAUUUGUGUUCUAUCACACUUCCAGCUGGUAAUAUUAGAAAAAUAAACUUAAGACAGGUACUACAACACAUUUUCUUUGCCAGCUGGCAAGAGUUUAAAACCCAUGAGAACCCCCCUCCCCAAAUUGUUGUUGUUGUACAAAGAUCAGCUCACCCAGAGUAACAAAACUGCUGUACAGAAAGCACGCUCUGCAUUCUCCUCAAAACACUUGGAGCCAGAAUCCUUUUGCCACCCUAGAAAGUCUGGGUGUGUCAUGUCCAGAAACCCUCUGCAGCUCUAAGGAAGGUGGUGCAGACUAACUCACACUACUACAGCAGAGGCAGCAGCUCACCUGUGGGGGCAAUCCACUGUCUCACUCGGGCUCUAGAAACUCCAAGGCUGUCUCUUUGUUUCAAUAACCUUUAUCUGCCAUUUGCAUUUCAACAGACAAGAUACUCUGCUGAGUAUAUAAAAACUGUUAUAAAAAGGCAAUUGUAAAAGAUAAGGUAUUAGCAGAGGCAUGUCAGCUUUUUUAAUAAAAAAAAUAGCCAUUAUAUCUAUUUAAAUAAGGCUUCUUGUUACAGAUUGUUCCAGUCACUGAAGGAAACCAAGGCCUGAUGAAAGAAGAAAACAUUAUCCCCCACAAAUGUUACCCUUCCUGCCCCAAGAACACACCUCCAAGAAUUCAUCCAAUGUGCAAAGUGACAAAUACUGGGGGAAGCUCCUGAAAUGAUAUGCCCAGUCUAGUUUCUCUUGCGUUAUUGUCAAAAUCUUAAAACAAAACCAAAACCUUUAAAGUUCUAAAAUACACAAAAAAA